AUGUCAAAGUUUGAUCCAUAUGAACACCUCAAGAUAAUUAAAAAUGAAGAUGGUACACUUACCCGCCUUGUUGAACUCCUGCAAAUUCCUGCCACGGGCGAAGAUGACGUCCUCCCUGGGCAAAUAGUGGUUAGCAAAGACGUCACCCUUGACGCCAACAAGAAUACAUGGAUGCGUAUUUUCCGGCCAGUGAAAAUACCAUCCAAUGACAACAAAAUCGCACGACUUCCAUUGGUCGUAUACUUUCACAGCGGUGGAUUUAUUGCUUUUAAAGUUUCUGAUGUCAUGAGUCAUGAAGCAAUGAACAAACUCUCAUAUGAGGCUCCAGCCAUCACAUUAUCUGUCAACUUUCGGCUAGCACCAGAGACUAGACUCCCGGGACAAUAUGACGAUGCAAUGGACGCUUUGAACUGGGUCAAAACACAAGCCAUGGACCCAAAUGGUGAACCAUGGAUCAAACAAUAUGUCGAUUUCUCUCGUGUUUUCCUUUAUGGAACCUCGUGUGGUGGCAAUAUUGUUUUGCACACAACUUUACGAGCUUUAAAUUAUAAUUUAUCACCUUUAACGAUCGAAGGGAUCAUACUAUCCCAACCAUUAAUUGGUGGCAAAAAACGAACCAAGUCAGAGCUAAAACUAGCCGCUGAUCCGUUGUUUCCAUUGCCAGUUAUUGAUCUUGUAUGGGAACUUGCGUUACCAAAAGGUACAGAUCGAGAUCAUAGAUUUUGCAAUCCAUUAGGGGAUCAACAAGUGGUCGAAAAAAUGAAGAAUCUAGGACGAUGUUUGGUUAUAGGAUUUGGAGGGGAUCCAUUGAUUGAUAGACAACAGGAUCUUGUACAAGCAAUGGUGUUACAAGGGGUUGCGGUUGAAGCAAGAUUUGAUGACGUUGGCUUUCAUGGAAUUGAAAUUAUUGAUCCUAAAAGAGCUUCAGCAAUUCUUAAUUUUGUUAAAGAAUUCAUUGUUUAA